UUUUUUCUUCGCUUUUCUCAUGUCUCUGGCCACUAUCAAUGCUUACCCGAACCAAUCGUCCAAGUUCAAAAAGCUUCUUGACGAGAUCACAGCUCGCCAGGACGUCCCUGGCCAGCACGACUCGACCGAGAUGAUCGGAGACCUACGACCCGAACUUGGAGGCCCCACGAGCAGCGUUGGGAAAUCAAUUGCCAACAUCUUGACGGGUUCCGAGAAUCCCGAAAGCGACAAGCUGUGGCAAGGAGGCCUUUCGAAUCCGGGUUCUGCAAAGUGCACAGCAGAUGCUUGCUGUGUGUGGCGCCACAUUGCACUCGACAUGGAGAAAGUUUUCCGAGGUGCCAGUGGUCGCUGCACUGCCGAAGCGAGAGGAGCUGUCCGUCUGGGCUUCCACGAUGCCGGCACUUGGAGCAAGUAUACUGAAGACUUUGGCGGUGCAGAUGGCAGUAUCCUGCUGAGUGGACGUGCUGGCCUGGAACCAGAACUAGACAGGGCUGAAAACAAGGGCCUACAGCUUAUAGGCGGCGUGAUGAACAGGUGGUACGACAAGUACCACCAGUAUGGCGUCGGUAUGGCAGAUCUCAUUCAAAUGGGUGCCAAUGUCGCCGCGGUCGUGUGCCCUCUAGGACCCCGAGUCCGCAGUUUCGUGGGCAGGAUCGACAGCAGUCGUCCCGCGCUGCAACUUCUUCCGGAUGUGCACGCCGAUGCCGACUCAUUAAUCUCUCUCUUCCAGAACAAGACCAUCAACACUCAUGGCUUAGUUGCUCUACUCGGCGCCCACACAACUAGCCAACAGCAUUUUGUCAACGUGACACGAGCCGGCGAUCCCCAAGACAGCUCUCCAGGCGUUUGGGAUGUAAAGUUCUACAACGAGACACUUAAUAUUGCUCCUCCACGUGUCUUCAAGUUUCCCAGCGACGUGCUCAUCUCGCAGCACCCUGAUGCCACGCCCGAGUGGAUCAAAUUCGCCAACGACCAGGAUCACUGGAAUNCAGUCAACAACAUAAACAAGUUGACUGAAUGCUCUCACGUGCUGCCUGCCGAAACUACAAAGUUACCAGCCUCGGACAACGCAGCUGUAUUGAAGGAUUGGCUCGACGGUAAGGGCCGCAAGUCUAUCAGCGACGAUCUUGAGGCAGGUCGGGUGGUUAGUGCU